AUGAGUUUGAUCAGUACGAUUCGAAAGCGCCACCAAGAACGUAAAGACAAGAAGAAGGCAGUCCGUCAGACCGCACAGCGGAAUGAACAGCUCAAAGCCAACACCAACCAGGCACAUGUCGAACCCACGACACCUUCUCCAACCCAGCACCUCCCCUUCACAGGCCCCACGCGAUUCAUCUCCUUUCGCCGCAAACGCGGCGUAAGCAUCGGCAUGUCCACAUACGAGCAACUCCCCAACGGCGUAGAGCCUACACUCAUAGACCACUCCUACCACCUAAUGCAAUGUCCCAGCGGAGAAGAGCUACCCCGUAGAUCCCCCUUCGCCACACCCCCACCCGCCGACGCAGCCUCAACCCAGAACCAAGACACCAGCCCCAAAACCUGGCUCAGCCACGUAGGCGGCUCCCUCCGCCGCAAGCCAGGCGGCAUGCGCUCAGCCGUCUCAUACACUCUGCCGCGGAACUGGAGAAGUAAAAACUGCACCGGUGUCAGUGCAAAAGCCCUCGCGGAGACAGCGCACGAGUACAAGAAAAGCCAGAUACGUAGACUCAACCCCAAUGACGUCGAUGCCGCCACGGACGACGGAAGAGGAAGGAGUCCGCUCCCGCAUCACUGGCGUGAGCAAUCCGGCUCCUCGGUCUCACAAUCGCGCGAAGGUGUUGUGAACAUGAACAGGAUGAGCGACACCGAUACCACCAUGAAAGGGAGUGCGAGUGAGAUGGGUGAUUGGAUUGAUCCAGAUGAACAGAAGAGGGAGCAGGAGUUUGAAGAUUGGAUAGUGCAUAAUAGGUUAUUUGUUCAGGCGGAGGGGUUGAAUGAGGCGGAUAAGCGGGUAUCGAGGGUUAGUGUGAUGUCGAAGAGGAGGUACAAUGAUUAUUAGGAGGGUGGUUGGGGUAUACGACGGGGAUUAAGGGGUGGUGGUGUGGGAGAUAAUGAGGGCUGGGGUAUACAUGGGUAUGUGUAGAGGUAUAAGCGGCGCAGAUAUAUAUAUCUAGGGUCUAUGUGGAGCUGGGUGAAGGUGAAGGCGAGGUACAACUGGAUCCCUGUCUUCUGUCAGCUUCUUGUUAUUGUGAUCUUUGUUGGCGUUCCUGGGUGAAGACGGGAUACGUAUAAGUCCGCUAU